AUGACGCGUCCCAUCUACAUCGACUAUGCCGCCGACCUCUACGAAUUCAACAGCACCGUCGAGUUCGACGUUCUCUCCAUGAGCGCAACCUGCCAAGAACGCUACUACAAAUACUCUCAUCAUGCCUAUCCCGAGGUGACCUUCUAUCUGCGAAUGCGAAGACGCACAAUCUUUUAUACUCUUAACAUCAUGAUGCCGUGUGUGGCCAUCUCAGCCCUAAUGUUGCUCACCUUCUACUUGCCACCAGAGAGCAGGGAGAAAAUCUCCCUCUCGAUUAACAUCUUCAUCUCCCUCACUCUCUUCUUCCUCCUCAUCUCGGAGACAAUUCCGCCCACCAGCCUGGCGGUACCACUGCUUGGAAAAUACUUACUGUUUACCAUCAUUCUCAUCACCUCUUCCAUCGUGUCCACGGUGAUGGGUAUGCGUCUUGCAGCCGGCAACCACAAGUACUCUUCACUUCAUCACUGGCAGUCGGGUCUCUCCGCUCCGAAAAAAACCAACCGCGAGAUACAAAAUGAAGGCAAACUGUCCAUGGAGAUGCAUCAGCACACGAAAAAUCAGCAGGGUCUGUCAAACCACAACGCAUGGACACUACGACCGCGGCCACCAAAGGCAUCAUCACUACCACAUGAGACGGUUAGUCUGAGUAAGCGUAGUCUGCAGCACCAGCAUACUCGUGUGCCGACGACACCAUCAGCAGCAGAACAGUCGGCCCGCCCAUCGAGGGCAAAGGGUCCCGAAGCUGACUCUGGUGCCUACACAAACCCAUUAGUGGCGGCCAUCAGCCAGGGUUUGGAGAGGGAGGAACCAUGUGUCCAGGCGCGAAUUGGUCGAAAGCUGCGUCAAGUCAUGCACGGAACGGACUACAUAGCGCAGCGGGUCAAAGACGUGAAAAUGGAGGAUGAUGUCAAGGAAGAUUGGCAGUUUGUUGCUGUCGUGGUCGACCGCCUGUGUCUUUGGGUGUUCUCCCUCGUCUGUACCAUCGCUGUGCUUUCGAUUAUUUUCAAAGCCCCGAGUAUGACCAGCUCUCAACCGCCUCUCGAUCCCGCUCAUCUACCUAAUUCUACAAAUCUUACGUCUUUUGUCGACGCUGAAAUGCGCAUACCCAGACAGACUGUAAAAAUUAUAUUCAUUAACUAA